AUGGACACGACAGGCGUCCUGCUCACACUUGACAAUCCAUGCGGGAUAGAGCUCGAGCUUGAUAGAAGCUCCUGCGUCCCUGGACUCGAGGUAGAGAAAGAUGGUUGUUUUUGGCUCAUGCCUGGAGUUAGGGAUGGUGCUUUACUUGUGUUGGUUGGUGUUGACGAUACUGUACCUGCUCCAGAGGCCAGCGAGGAGGUAGUUUUGAUUAAAUUCGACGAUGCUGGAAGUAUCACACUGGAUAUGAUGACUACCGAAGAGUUUUGGCUUGUGCUGCUGGAUUCAAGCACGUUCUUGCUCGAUGAAGAUGUGGAGAUAGGAGUAGAGGUAGAUAGUAGCGAGGAUGUGGAGCUUAAAGUGGAGCCUAAUGACUUCGCACUAGAAGUGGACAAUGAUGUAACUUUGUUCGAGUUGACUGAUAUCGAAGAAGCCUUGCUUGAACCCAAUACCAGUGACGACGACGAGGAGGAGACUUGGAGCAGUGCAGGGAUAACGUUCUUCGAUGUUGAUAAGGUCGAGGCUUUCGAGGUGGUUGAAUUCUUUAUGGAACUGCUGCUGCUUGACUUCGAAGAGUCCGCAGAUGAGACAGACCAAAUCAAGCAAAAAGAUAUGUAUAGCAAAUACAUGUUUGCCAUUUCCAAAUUCCACAACAUGACAGGCCGCGCAGAAUCAGGAAAUGGGAGUUAA